UCCUAGCAGAUAGCCAUCCUCCAUUAACCAACCCAGGUACGUAGUAGCAUGCAACUAGCCUUAUUUAUCUUUUGCAAGAUUGGUGUUCCAUACUCCCGUUUGAGAAGAUCCGAAGCACCAGCGCGGCGGCUCGGCCGACUGCCGGUAUCGCACAAGACCAUCCGAAUACUUCACUUGGAGGAGGCCUCGGCCUGCUCUUUUUUUGUGUGUGUGUCCACAGGUAGCGGAGAUGGGAAAGUACAACAAGUCUUCUCCAUCACGGAAGUCAGAUUACUUCGGUCGUGACACCAACAGAGGACGCCAUAUUGACGCACGUGGAUCCUCUCCGGACAAGGGCAAGGGCAAGGCCAGAGAUUCACCUCCUCCGCCUCCAAGCAGGAACGAAGGCAAGCAUGCAAAUUUGUCGGCCUGGCGAAGGUUGUCGCCACCGCCGUCGCCACUGACGAUCCCCGAAUCAACGCCCAAAGCAGCACGCAGCACGCGCCCUCACCGUGGCGCGAAUCAGUCUGACGAAAUCGUCAUCCCGUCGACUCGGACGCUCCUUUGGACAACCCGGAGGCAAGUUCAAAGCCCUUUCAUGUAUAUGCAUAUAUUAAUCCUCACAAGUCGCGUACCUAAUCAAUUUUUUUUUCUUGUACAGGACCCUCUUGAGACCGUGUUGCCUCACGUCCAAAUAAGCAAUGGCGUGGAGAGGCUUCUGUCGGAUAUGAUAGCAGAGGAAAAGGCCACAGGAGGUGGCGCUGUGGUCCCACCUGCAGCUCCAACGCUGGUCGCCACAAGAACUCCAGCUGAUACAUGCGCAACUCUAGAAUCUUCUGCCGACAAGAAACGUCCCGCCGCAAUGCCUGAUGCCGACGUCGCACUCACGAUCAACAAGAAGCCGAAACCAGACUCUGAUGAUACAACUUCAGUCACAGCAAUUGAUGCAGUAGCAACCCAUCAAACGCCCGAAGUUAAAGACCUGAAGGUUUUCUUUGAGAGGUUCCAGUGGUUGUGGUCUGGCGCUAGUCCGUUCUCCAGCAAAGCUUCCCCUUCUUUCAGCGGGACACCACCGAGCCUCAUCCUUCCUGAAGGCAAGAACGCCCUCGAGCGCCGAGCCCAGAAAUUCCUUCCAUCGGAUCUCGGAGACAUUCAGGAGGCCCUAAGAACGCCCUCGAGCGCCGAGCCCAGAAAUUCCUUCCAUCGGAUCUCGGAGACAUUCAGGAGGCCCUAAAGGCGGAGCCUCUAGACAAGCAGCACACUAUUGAGCUGAUAGAGUGUGUUUUUAAUUCUUGGAAUGAUGCCUACAAAGGGAAUAUCCCCAGUGAUCUUGGCACCCUCAUCACCCACCUAAGAGCCUUGAUGUCUCGUCUACAGUACAGGGUGCAAGCAGUUCGAGCACUCCGCAUGAGACAACUCCUACAAGGGAGCAGGCACGGUCCAUGCUGGAAAAGCUUGAGACCGCCCAAAAUGAGGUCGCGGCCAUCCUCAGUCGCCUUACGGCCGACCAUCAGCGCCUUGAGGCGCGUGUUGCUGACAUAGCAAGCCUCCGACAGAAACAUCAAGAGAUCGCGGAGGCACACGAGAAGAUGGCGGCAGAAGCGCGGAAGCGUGAAGCUACUAUUGCUCGCAUGGGAGAAAUUUACACCCUUCAGCUUCAAGGCCACGACCAUGCUGUUAGCAACUCUUCAGUGGAAGUUGAGGCGUUAGCCCGGCGCCGUGAUGAGACGGCCGCCUAUCUCACCCGCUGCGACGAAGAUGGAAACUCCGACUCUCGUGCCACGGGUGAACCCCUUCCAGAGGUCGCCAUGAUCCUGUCUUACAAGCUUCCUUAGUGAGAUCGCUGGUUACUUCAUGCCGUCAUCCAUCAUUAGGCUCCCUUAGCGAGGAGCACCGCUCUAGCUUGAAUUAGAUUCGUCUUCUUUUAAGUCUGACGUGAUUUAGUUCAGUUUAGUUUCAGUAUAAUCUUGCUUCCGUUUGUACUUCGAACCCCACCAUUUAUUAAAUGAU